AUGUCCCCCAGAGUCCUCUCCAGGUGCCUGGAACGAGGGACCCUGAGAGACAGGGCAAAAACCAGGGACUCGGGCGCCCGGGUCCUCCGAGUCACAGGUCAGGCACAUAGGGCUUACCUGCUAACCUCAGACUUGGGUCGCUGCCUUGUUCCAGCGGUGAGGCCUGGCGGGGUUCUGGCCAGACUGUCCCCGGGGCUCCCAGGGGGCGGGGCUGGGCGGCGCUGGGCGGGGACAAGACAGGGGGCGGGGCCGGGGCCAAGAUUCCACGGAGACAGCGGCAGUGCCGCUAGCCGCGGCGCGCGGAUUCGGACCCGGACAUACCCGGGUGCGGCGGCCUCAGCCACGUGCGGGGGUGAGGUCGAGCUCCAGCGGGACCCCUGGAGACUCCGCUGCCGGGGGCCCCACAACUCCCGAGCCCCGGGACCCGCAAGCUGGCGAAGAGGGCGCAGGCGGCCGGAGCCCCGCAGCCCAGGAUGCUUCAGGGAGCAGCCCGCGCCCCCCUCCUUAGUCUCCGCCCGCAGGCCCGGCCAACUCUGGCUUCUGCCGCUCGUCCCUGGCUCGGAGCUCCGCUGCGGAAAACCCGAGCUGGGGAGGAUCCCCGCCUCGCAGCCCGGGAAAAUCCGGGGGUGGCCGCCAGGGAUCUCCAAGCGUCCUGGAGGCAGCCCCAUCUUCCCUCCCGGAUUUGGGCCCCCUACCUGGCGCUCCGACCCUAGGCCCGUCGGUUCAGUCCCUGCCUCCCACCUUCUUUCCCGGGCCCAUGGCCCGCACGAGCGGCUGCGGCUUCUUGGGCCCGUGGUUAUGGGCGUCGGCCUGUUCGUGUUCAUCUGCGCCAACACACUGCUCUACGAGAACCGCGAUUUAGAGACGCGACGGCUUCGCCAGGGGGUGCUGCGGGCUCAGGCGCUCGGGCCCCCCGACGGCUCGGGCUGGGACUGCGCACUCCUCCCCAGCCCUGGCCCUAGGACUCCCCGAGCCAUAGGCUGCGUGGAGCCAGAAAGCUGGGACCUGUCUCCGCGUCGGGGUACCUCACCCGUCCCGUCAGUGCGGAGCCUGCGUUCGGAGCCUGCUAAUCCUCGCUUGGGGUUACCUGCCCUGCUCAACAGUUACCCGCUGAAGGGUCCAGGGCUGCACCCACCCUGGGGUCCCCGGACCCAGACUGGCCAUGUGAUUAUCACCGUGCAGCCUUCUGGUUCCUGCAUUGAACAUUCCAAGUCUCUGGAUCUGGGCCUUGGGGACCUCCUUCUUGGGGCCCCAGCAGCUCGAGACUGUGCUCACCGAAGCUGGCCAAGACUGGACCGCCUCAGUCUGGGGGGCUAUGCCAAAUUGGGAGGAGGAGGGGACUUGGGGGCCCGGGUCAGAGUUGCAGGGGACAGCCUGCUAUGAGGCUGCAGCACGGACCAAAACAGGACUAGGAGUCCCAACGUCCAGUAGAUGCUUCGGUCACAUCCCAGACUGGGGAUGGAUGCUCUGGCCCCAGCAGCUGCUAAGGCAUCCUGACUUGCAUAUUGGCAGAGAAAUGCCAACUGCUCAAGGGUUCAAUAAGCUGGAGAGAAUGUGUUUUAAUGUGGAAUCUGGAGACCAGCAUGACUCGGCCUCAGGAAUUCCUUCAGCCUCCAAAAGUGGCCUUAGCCCUGGACAGGUACCAGAGGGAGCUGGAGGUCCAGGCCAGGGUGACUGGGAGAUGUACCUGGUGUCUUGGCAAAUCCAAAGUGGUGGGCAAGGGACCCUAAGACUUGGAAGGUAGGUUGUGAUGUUACAGCCUGGGACAGGCUCCCUCCAAGAUGGCACUAGUGAUGGGGUUUCGGUCUCUGGGAAGAUGGGCAACAGGGCAGAAUUGAGAUACAGUGGAGUAGAAUUGAGACCCUCCACUGCCAUCUGGGAUGGGGACCGAGCCUUGAACUCCCACCACUUCAAACCCUUUCUUCUCUCAACCAUGCAGGAUACAUCCCACUAGGGCUACACUACUGCCAAUGCCUUCAUACUGAGAGUCUGGCCCCUCCCCAGACUUGUCUAAGAAGCCCCUUUCUCUCCUUAGGCCACGACAGCUCCCUCCAGUUGGCAAAAAGCAUUUGCCAGUUCUCAGAAAUCCUUUUAUAUGUUGAAGCUGCAUUUUGGUCAGUGUGGAUAGCUUUAGAAAAGGGCUUGGAUUUGGGUCUCCCUGACCCAUGUUUAAUUUUUCCUAAGUUGCCAGUAGGGAAACAGAACUUUAAAAGUUGAUCAGUCUUCACAGAGUCAGUCCUUUUUUUUUUAAUUUAUUGAAAAAUGCAAUACAAGAAGCAAGACCAAACAUACAUCUAAACACUACCACCACUUUUACUACAAAAGGCCAAAACAGCAGACCUAAUUACCUUCUAUUUAAUCUAAGAAUUUUGCCAAUUUGAUUCUGCUGCCACAGUUCAUAUUUUAUCAAGAAAUGUAAACAACUACUUGAUAUGAUUCAUAAUUUUUAAAAAAAUUUACAAAGCUCCUUCAUUUUUGUCACCAAAAUAAAACAUUUGAGAGAGAUUUGUAAAACCAACCAGCCUGGGGCUGAGAUCCUGGGCAGAUACUUCCCACGAGCAUUCCUUGAUAUUGGUCAGGCUAUUCUCUGGCUCCAUAUCCCAAGGUGGGCUAUUGCCCCCUCACCCUCAGCUGCCCUGCGGAACACACAGUGGGGUCUGGGGGGUGGGCAAAGAUUACCUGGCAGGUCCCUGUAGCCAGGCUCUGUGGGCCCUCAGCUUAUAAAUUCAGGUCCUGCUUUGUGGGUGGGUAGGUGGCAGAGACCUCAUGUGGCUUGGAGGAAAUCUUUAUUUCUUAAGUGAAAUAAAAAUAAAAUUGCAGCAAGAG